AUGAACAACCAGAACGACGAGACAUUUCAACCGAAAAAAAAUGAAGAAGGCCAAGAGCAAAAGGCGAAAGAACAAACAAGUCCGGCCACAAUACAGGAUUUGUGCAAAACGCUAUUAACACCAGAAAUGGUGUCAAGAACACAAGAAUGGAAAAAUGAAAGGGAAAUACUCAAGGGAAUACUUGAAGAGACAAUUAAAGAAGAAAUGAAAGAAGCAAUGGUGUGGUGGACGUCUCACUCCAUAGAGGAGAAACAAACCAUUUUGGUAAUGGCGAUGGACGCCGUCGCGGAAGACGAAAAUGUUAUUACCCUUAUCAAUAACAUAUUUACUGAGAUCAACACACUCCUCGAUAACACAGAAGAUGUAAUGGGUUUUAUUGGAAAGGUCAGUAAAGACUCACUUUACUGUUACAAAAACGUGUUUGACUCAAGCCAAAUACAAGACGAGAUUGGAAAAAAUUUAAGUGAAAUGGAAACGUUGGAGUGCCUUGACGCGAUGCUCUCCGCAAGGUCGUGCAUUGCGCUCAAACUGAGCAUCAACGUUCUGAUGAUAACAAACCAAAUUGAUAAUUAG